GUCAGCCUUUCAAGCAACACACGCACUACCAACCCAAAAAAAACAAAUUUCAAAUUUCAAUAUGUGCCAACAAGUCGUCGUUGUCGCCAGCACCAACAACAAGAUGAAGACCAGCUACAGCAUCAAGCAGGUCCUGAAGACGCUCUUCAAGAAGCAGCAGAAGCAGCACCAGAAGCCUCAGGGCUCUCUGGAGUCCCUGGAAUCCGUUGACAAUCUGCGCAACGCCCAGGUUGAGGAGGCCUACUACGCCGAGAUCGAUGAGAACGCCGCCAACGAGAAGCUGGCCCAGUUGGCCCACUCGCAGGAGUUCGAGAUCGCCGAGGAGCAGGAGGACGAGGAGGACGUCUAUGUCCCCGUUCGCUUCGCUCGCACCACCGCCGGCACCUUCUUCUGGACCACCAACCUUCAGCCAGUCGCCAGCGUCGAGCCCGCCAUGUGCUACUCCAUGCAGUUCCAGGAUCGUUGGGCACAGGCUUAGAAACACCAUCGCCUCACCCUUCAAUCUUCAAGCUUUAAGAACUCGAAAAACAUUGUGAUAGCAUCAGCGGCUUUAACUACCCAACAAUCUCGGCGAUCCAGCGCUUCCAUUAGUUGUUAAGAUAUUGUGAUAGAAAAAGAGAGCUUUAAAAACAAACGUACAAAAUACAAAACAAGAAAUAUCAAAAUCAAA